AGCUUCUUUGAGUUCGAGUGUCCCUUUAGGGUGUCCUUGGUGUCUCUUGUCCUGGCUUUAGUCAUGUACUUUAACGCGUUAUCCAUUUAAUUAAGAUUGUCGCGCGGACCGCAAUCGAUCGACUUCAUAAUUUGGAGACAUUCCGCAUUCAUCACAGGAGCAAGCAGUAUUUCGUUGAAUCUUGAUACGGACGAACAUGGCUGCAUUCCGACGAUUGGGUUGGCUUCCUCGUAUGGACAAGGGCUGCUGGUGCUGCUCUCUGGAGACAUUCUGCAAGGUCUUCGGAUACUUCUCUGCGGUGGCGAGCCUCUGCGUGAUGUUGGGACUGUUGGUGGUAGUUUCCGUGGGUGGUCAACAUGGUGACAGCUUUACACCGAGAGCGCUGGUACUGAGUCCAGGCGACGGCUACCGCCACACUCCACCCCCUUUAGACUAUCCUCGGCCUCCAACACCCAGGCGUGGUGCUGCAGCAUAUCGACACGCCAUCUACGAGAUGGAACAGCCUAUGGUGAGGACUCCGGACUACAACGUGAUCUACCAAGGACAGUACAGCCAGCCAGAGGAACGCCACGGCCUCUCUCCCCUUCUGCUCCGUAUCAUCUGGAUUAUGACUCUCAUUUUCGAGGGCUUCGUCUGCUUCUUGGCAUCGAUAAUCUUCCUCAUGGGAUUCUAUCAGAGACGCCACACUCAGCUGAUGCCUUUCGUGAUUUUCCUGCACUUGCGCGUGGCUGUGGCUAUUCAUCUGGCCAUCUGGGCGGGGAAGCUGUGGCCAGUGGUGUCGCUCUUGGGGACGCUGCCUCUCAUUGGCUUGGUGGCUUACCCUUUGCUGUGCGUGAACAGUCUCCGUGUCAAGUUUGCCGAGGAAGAAUUGGAACGUUCUUGCGAGGCGGCUUCACGCGCCGCGGGACGCAACGACCUCGACCACCGUCUGAACAUAGAAUGAGCGUCUGCUGCGCUGUCAUACCGGCAUCAUUAUCUCCUUCUUCUAGUGCUUAUUAGGUUGAAGCGAGGAAGUUUACUUUUCCAAACAAAGCUUUUCAGAAUUUAUUUUUAUUUACGUUUCAUACUGAGGCCUUGCUCCAAUUACUCUGUGAAAGUUCGUCUCGUUCUGUGCGAUGAAGUACAAAUAUCCUGCUGUAGUGAUUGUGAGUCUUUCGGGCUUUCGCACAAGAGUUGUGUUUAACUGUGCUGAAGUAAUAAAAUAGUUAUUUAUGCGUCCUUCA